AUGAGUGGGGAUCAGCUGGCUUCCAGGCAAGAUUUCUACCUACCAAUCCACCCCCCGUUCACCUUUGGAAACCCAAACGCUCAGCCGCCCACACCCAAACAGACCCCAACCUCCGCCGUUUUCCCGAGUCCCGUCUUCGAAACCCCAAAGCAACGACAAGGUCACUUCGACGACGCUGGCGGCUGGACUCCUCGUUUCGCAGAGGAAUACUCCGUCUUCAACACCACUCCUGGCAACCUGAGAGGCUCCCAGACCCCUUUUGCCGAGUUUUCCUCCGCAUCGACCUCAUAUCCCCCUUCGACCGGCCUGAAAAGACCCCUGUCUGCCGAGAGCCUCGCUGCUCAGAUAGCAUCCCAUGCUAAUCACCUCUCGCCCAACCCGAGCUUACCUUUGCCGCCGGUUGAUAUCUCUCAACGACUGAAUUCUUCCCACAAGACCUCGACCGAACAGCAGCACGGAAUUCCCAACCAGAAAGACGGACCAGCCAGCCCGAACCCGGCUUCACAAGGAGCGCCGAAGCAGGCGGGAGACAGAGAGGGAGCUGCGGAUCUGAACGGACAAACGGCCACUCCUCCGCCGUCUUCACACAAGGGUGGACGGAAACUUGCGCCGAAGCUCCGGGCAGACAAUAUGCAAAAUGAUCAUGGCUACGGCCAGCCAGACUUUUCCGGGACCCCACAGCAGAACAUGGCGGCGGCGUUUGUAACUGCUACCGACAUGUUCGGCUAUCCCAUGUCGGCGCCGGCAACGGCUCCCAACAGCUUCUGGGACCCCGGCGCCGACAUGUCGGCAAUGGACAUUGAUUUCUCUUUUGGUCCUAAUGUUUUCCAGCCAACCCACCGUCACAUGCCGUCGUUUGACGCUUCGCAAAUGUUCCAGGAAACAACCCCCCUUCCGCCGGCAAAUAGUCAAGAAAAUACUCAGCCCGUCAAGCGAAGCCGACCCCUGGCUCCUAAGCCCCCUGCGUCUAACCCGACCGUCAUCUUCGAAUAUGGAGACCAAUAUCCCCGUGACACAAGGGUCCGCACAAUAUGCUUUGGCAGCGGCUGCGGAAACUCAAUCAAGAGCACCAAUGCACGGCGGGGACAUACGCCGUUCCCUCAGUUCCAGGGAGUUGGCACCCAGUAG